AUGGAGGUAUACGAUGCUGUGGAAGUCUUUUGUGGCCCGGCUUCUUUAAGCCGCUGCUUGCAGUUGGGCGGCUGCGACACUGCCAGCCUAGACAUUGGCCUCUGGAACCCUUGGAUGCAAAAGCUGCUGCUGUCGGCCAUUGUGAAUUCCAAAGAUGGGGUAGUAGUCGCUUUUGGCUUGGUCUGUUCCACCUUCAUAACGAUGAGCCGCGGGUCCACCUUUCGACACUACUUCUUGCCAGAAGGGGAUCCUAAUUCCCUGUCAGUUUCUCAAAGCAAUUUGCUGGCAGCAAGGAAGGGUCGUGCUGGUGCUACCCCAAAAUUGGCUGACACCAACCGAGAUGCCGUUGGGAGGGAAUACCCAGUGGGCUUUGGAGUUCGAUUCGCAGAAAGCAUGAAGCACCUGAAAAAGGCUCCGGAUGCAGAAGAUAUUCGCUCCUGGCACGUGACCCCAAUCCCGGGACUUGAUGAUCUAUAUGAAGAAGCACGGAUGUAUGAGGCGAACAAGAAGUUGACCUAUGAUGGACUUGCUGCAAAGGAGCGCCUGCGAAAGCUGAUGGGGAAGCCUGCUGAUCCGCCUCAGAGGGCGAGCUCGGUUGAGACCAGCAUGCCAAAGGCGACAUCUUCGGGCUCGAAGCCAGACGCCUCUAAGGGACAUCCUAAAGAGGCAGCAGAUACUGAACCCAAGAAGGCCAGGAAUCUGGGAAAAGGAUGCCUGGGCAUGGAGAUGGCUGAUGCAGAUCACGAUGCCAGGAUGAUGUCGUCGUUGGCUGCUGCUUUGCGCCGCAUUUGCAUGCUGAAACCUGCCAGCGGAAAGCUGGAGGUUUCCCAGGAGAUCCACAGGCGGGACAAAUACCAGAGCCACAUCAAGGAGUAUUGGGUGGAUGUGCAAACAACCGGCAGUUUCGAUGAUGAGAAUGAAGAAACUUUUGUAGAUAAGACCACUGGACAAGCUGCGUCCUUCGACUUGGGGCUCCCAGCCACUGACCCAUGCGCAGCAGCACGAGGUGAAGAUGAGCCUGAGCCAGUGGACACCGACCAUGAGGUCGACGAUGACAUGGACGACGGCACCAGCAGCAGAAUGAGCAGAACACGGGCCAUUGAGAAUGUUGGGACUGUGAUGUCACAACUCUUGAAAGUUCAGUCUCGCAUGGAGAUUGCCCGGGACAAGCUUUCAAAUAUCGAUGGCAAAGAAGCCCAAGAGAGCAUGGCCAAAGUUGAGAAGUUUCGCACCAGCUUGAUGAAGUUGCAUGACGAGUUGGCGGACCUCAAGUCCUUUUAUGAUGGGCAUAUGAGUGACGAUGCCUUUGAUGUCAUCCCGCGCCUUGAUGGAGGAUACAAAGCUGAGAAAGCUUGGGCCUGA